UGACUAUACUGUCCUGUACUGUAUUAUCACAUGGUGUGCCCAAUUAGUACAUAUUUUCACCGCUAGAUGGUUACACCGUAACCAUUUCGAUACUUUAUAUACGCAUAAUAUUAAAUUUCAUUUGUAUUGUCUUGUCUAAUUGUAAGCGAAGAAACAAGUUCCGAAAUUUCUCGCAAACGAAACUCUACGUUGAUCGAAAAGCUUUCGAGUAAAAUUGGCGAGGGAGGAGAGAGAUUCAACAGAUUCGGGCAAACGUGUGUCAUUACUCCCUCGGGAUCAAGCGGUACUAGAUUUCGAUUGGAAAGUCAUCGAUCAAAGGUAUCUUAAUUCACACAAUGGCCGAAUGAUAUUGUAAAAUUUGGCCGAGUGAUCGAUCGACUAUAGAACGUGAUGGCGAUGAGCUGGUUAAUCGAACGCGAUGUCGUCCCAUUCUAUGAAAGGAGAAACGAACGGAACAAAGUUUCGGCGACAGAAAUGCGCGAUGACGUAUCGCGGAAGAACACCAACAGUGGCUCCGUGGCUGUUCCAGUCCGUCGAGUUCGGUUCGUGACAGCUGUCACCUUUGAAAAUCACGGGUAAAAAAAUUGUUUAAUAUAUGAGCGCGGAUCCACGACGGUUUUACACUUGUCCCCGAUUGAGACGCCUCGAACCGCGGCGAAUCGCCACGACGAUUGGGGUGACUUUCAAAUGGAGGCGUAAUUUUAGGGUGUGCACGCAUUCCCAUUCGACUUUGUAAAUGGCAUUGUUUCCAACGGAUAUGGAUGUUGACUGGAGUCAAGUUAUACAUUAAACAUUACAGAAACCAACAUCGAUAUUUCGUUUCUUGCCGCGUCCACGUUUAACACGGUGGUAACUCGAGUUGGACAGCAGUUAAUCGAGGUAGUUAAUUGGCAAAGGGCCAAGCUAGGAUGUGGCACAGAUGGCACGGGAUGUGAAACAUUCUACGACUCGUCGGAUUUCGCCGACGUCAUUGUCAAUUAGAAACGUGAAAAACCGUUCGCUGGAAAGAAAGGAGGAAACGCAAGCGUUCGAUGCGAGAAUUCGAUGUAAGAAUCCGGGACGAUCUGGAAAAUUUACGAGAGCAAACAGGGACACGAAAAUAUAGCGGCUGGUCGAAUGUAUGUACGUGGAAGCUGAUAUUUGUCAUACUGUCCCGAUCGUCGUAACAGGAUCGCCGAUAAAUUCAUAUUUCCGAUUGAUUGGAGGAACAGCCAGCGGACAACAAAUCGUAAAGCAAUCGAGCAUCGGCGGUCAGUUUGGCGGACGCGGGCUGGCAUAUGCGCGGCGCUGUUUCGAACUCGAGUGUCCCGAACAAUAUCGACCAAUUAUCGGGACGAUUGUGUCGCGGCGCCAACUGUCAACGUCGAUGGUCAAUCGGCCGAUCGAGAGAGGGAGUGACCACCGGUCGAAUCGAUGGACGCGGUCCAUCGUCAUCACCCUCCAUCGUCCGAACCAUCGAAUUGCGAGCCUUUGUUUUCGCAAGGAAGACGGUGCCGGGCAAGAGGUCAAACGCUGCUAAUUUUAUGCGUGUUUGCUUUACAUCGAACGGCUCGUUGUUUGUCCAGGAGAUGAGCUGACCAUCGGGCAAGUCCACUCGACCAAGUCUCCGCGCGUGUUGUUCGCCGAUCCGACUGGAAUUAUGAAUAUAAAUAUUUGUAGACCGAAUACUUCGUAGGACGAAGCUCCUCUUGUUAAAAUUGUCGUUGCUAGGUUCGUCACUCGUCGGAACAAAGGCAUCCUGCGGCAACGAGGAAAGGAGGACCGCCACCUUAUAGCGCCAAGUUACGGCAUGCCUGUUCGGAUACGCACGCGCGUACACGAGCAACGAGAUUCGCGACACGCGACUUCACGUGCGCGAGUCGCGUGCAGACCGGAAGCGACAGUCAAAUAGAUACCGAACCGACGACCAGCGACGACAGUUUCUCGGGCAAAUUAUUACACCGGUACCGAAAUGUGCCGAAAAUUUUUGAACUACGAAAGCAAGUCGGUAGUUUGUACGAUAAUCGUUUCGUACCAAAGACUUUGAUAACGAGUUGACGACUCGCGACGCACGAUUAACCGAGUUGGUUCCCAUAGGCGAGCGAUAAUCACAGAAACGCGUGCGCCGCGUGCGAUUCCUGCGUGAGAACGUUUCUAUCGUGAUCGCACCCUCCCUCGUUGCCGGCUACCCUUCGUGGCUCGGUAAGCGAUCGUUCGCGAGUCUUAGCCACCGUGGGAGUCGCGCCGAGAGACAGGCUAGAACCAGCAAAAUGAUUUCGCACCCUAGUUUCGCGAGAUGGACUCAUCAUCUGGAUUUUAGUUUAUCCAGCAAACUGCCAAAUUGCUUGUCACGACAGAAACACGCGUGACAUCUAUAGAUGAUAGAAUACGUACAACACACAAUGAAAGUCGAUGAAAGAAGGAUGAUCGUACUGGUGAAUCAAUGAUGGAUACUACGAUCCCAGAUUUCGCGAAAUCUUCCAGUUUUAGUAUUUACCUACCGACUUGCACUCGGAGUUGCGAACGGAGAGGGUAGGGUAGCGCGACAGCGUGCGACCAGUUAAGCGCCACGAGCGUUCCCACGAAAAUCGGCCGGUUGAUCGCCGCUUUACUCCCCCUUGAUAUAUCUCUCGCUCUCCUUCUUCCCCAAUGUCCCUCGCAGACCCCUGUAGGUACUUACUCACCCCCGGUGGUGGUGAGCAUGGGGCGAAAGAGAGAGGAGAGAGAGGAAGUUUUUCACCUUGCGAUCGAGAAGCAGAACAGAGACUGCUUGGGCCCCCACUCCCCGAGGAGGCGCGGCACACCUAGUCCCCACCACCGGGGACCGGGGACGAAACGGGGCACGGCGGUCGUGUGUCGUCACACUCGUAUCCAAGUCCUCCCGCACACACGUCACACGGGGCACACGAGUCACACGACAUACGUCGGCCGCCACGCGACCAGUGCACACGCCUGCGAGUGCACCGCGUUUCGCACCACCGUGCGCACCAAUAUCGCGAGUAUCUGCUGCUUGCCGCGCGUACAACACGCGACCGCGAAUCUCUUCGGGAAGCUUCGACACGUGAACAGAACACCAGGCCAAGAACCCGGAAGAAAAUCGCGAUUGCUCCUUUCGACGAUUGCGACUUCUUCCUCCUUCGAUCGUCUCGCAUCUCGUGCACGCGCUUGUCAAAUCGUCAGUCGUCGUUAUGUUGUCCCGAACAAGUAUCUAAAACUCAAAAGAGAAAUUCGAGAGUGAGAGGUGUUAAAGAAAAACUCGACGGAGGUGGACGAGUAAUCGAGAGUUUGCGUCGUCGAGUGAGGAAGCACGAUGUGGCGUGUGGUGGUCGCGCGAUCAGACGAGAACAGCACGUUGCUCUCGUCGGAGAUCGGUUCCGGGCCGGUCGGUCCGGUCGGCCCGAAUCACAUCUCCGCUCUUUCCGGGCCACCGCCACCACCUUCCGGCCAUCAUCACCAUCACUGGGGCUAUCCGCCGCCGCCUCAUCCCUCUUAUCAGCCGCAACAUGCCGACGUCGUGGCGUCCCGUCAUCAUCACGACCUCAGGCAUCCGAGCACCGCCACCGCCGACCUCCGACACGAGAUGCACAGGCCGGACCUCAGGCAUCCCUCCGCUGCGUCCGAGAUGCAGCAGCCGAGACACCAGCCGCCACCGGAAUUGCACAGGCCCGAGAUGGCGAGGCAUCACCAGGACAUGACGGGAAUAAGGCCGGACAUGACCGCGGAGAUUAGAUCUAGUCACGAGUUCUCCGAUCUCAAGAUCGAGGUCACGGACAUGAGGAGUCAAGAGAACGGGCAACAGCAGCAGCAGCAACAACAACAACAACAACAACAACAACAACAACAGCAGCAGCAACAGCAACAAGCGUCGCAACAGAGAAACCUAAAAAGGACUAUGAGCGACUCGGACUGCGACGACGUGUUCUCCGAAGAGAGUGGCAAAGAACCUUGCAACUCGCCGGGCGGCGACUCCUGCCAGCACGCGUCGCGGAAACGAAGACGAGGGAUGAUCGAGAAGAAACGUCGCGACAGAAUAAACGCGUCCCUCGGCGAGCUUCGAAGGUUGGUGCCGGCGGCAGCGAGAGAUCCUCACAGCGGCAAAUUGGAAAAGGCGGAGAUUUUGCAGCUCACGGUCGAGCACUUGCGAACGCUUCGGAACAAAGGUCCCGAAGGAUACGACAGCACGAAGCUGGCGAUGGACUACCACGCGGUCGGCUGGGGCGAGUGCGCGGCCGAGGUUGGCCGCUACUUGGUGACGAUGGAGGGCCUCGACGAGAGGGAUCCACUGAGGUUACGGUUGCUCUCUCACCUGCAGAGCUUCCAUCGCGAGCAUCCUCCGUCCGCGGUGGCCUCGGCCGUGCCUCCGGUGACCAGUCUGACGUCGACCUCGACGAGCAGCAGCUACGAGCCAACCACGGGGGCGGCGAGCACCGUCUCCGCCGGGAUGCCACCUGGCGCGGGGCCCAUGCCGCCACUCCUCGGUGGCACCGCGCUCGGAUGGGGCCAGUACUCCGGCCAGUAUCCUCAACAGCAACACGGCAAACCUUACAGGCCGUGGGGCGCCGAAUUGGCCUAUUGAGACAUCCUCUAUCCUUAGUUCCUCCAAAUUUUUCCCACAACCUUUUCCGCCCAUCCCUUCGAAGCCUCACCUUUGAAAAAAUCGAACCGUGCCUAGACAACCUCGUUUCCUCGUUUAAGGGUACGAAGAUCCCCAUUCGAGAGUUACUCUCGAGAGCGAUGCUCUCGGACAGUAACAGCUCUCCAAAAGCAGUGUCCAUUUUUUGCGAGAGCAACUCGCGACAGUUUCACUCUCGAAUGGCGAAUUUCACCUUUACGCACGUUCCUCGCCCCAGUUUCUUCCCCAAUUUCUUCCCUCCUCUGGAGCACUCUUCUUUUCUACGUAGUGUAAUAUACGGUACGUUACGUACGAUAGUCAUGCGAGUACCUAAUAACUAUCCUAAAAAGAUAUUAUUUAUAUAUUCGAUGCGAUGCGACUCGUCGAUGAUUGUUGCCGACCGAGCGAUCGCGAUUGUACAAUUUGUGUAUAUAUAUAUAUAUAUAUGCUUACUUGUAUACUACCUGAUCUAAAACGUGUUUCUAUCUAUUGUAAAUAACCGAAACGCGACCGAGAUCGUUUGUACUUACUUCUAUUUUUCUAUUUUUCUCUUUAUACAUAUAUAUAUGUAUGUAUGUAUAAGUUUCUUUUGGUAACAGACGCGAUGACGUGACUCGCUUGUGAUAAUGAUCAAAUCCAAAAAAAAAAAAAAGAAAAGAAAAGAACGUCGAUCGAACGCGUGAUCCAACAAGUGCCAUUAAAUAUCGUGCCGCGCCGCCACGAGUCCUGCGCGAGAACACGCUCAAAGAUUUUUGCAAUAAAGUGAGAAUAACGUAACAAUGCCUGUGACGUGUUCCUUGCAUCCUUUUCGCAACAAGCGUGCUCUAAAGCCGAGUAAGAACCGACGAAUGUUUAGAGAGAUUUUUCAUUCAGUCUGUUUCA